AAGUGUUAAACCAAAACAUUGGGAAACGAAUUCCUGUAAGGAGUUAAUCAAAAUACUACAAAACUAGUUGAGGCCCGCUCAAAAUGAAUUUCAAAUGUUUGAGGCGCGCUGAAGUGGGCGAAAGCCCAAACGCUCAUCUGAUUCUAUCAUGGCACGCAACGCUGAACAGCGAAAACAGAUCACAGCCGCUAAACAACAGAAAAAAUCCGUUAGGCUUUCCCACCGCCACAAUUGUGAUAAACCCAUCGACAAUGCGACUGCCCACUACAAUGUUUCCGGGUUUCGAACAGAAUUUGUGCCAAACCCCCUUACACCCGAAUAUGAUGAGACGACAAAGAUGGCCAAGAAGAGGAAGAAGACAGGCCUCAGCAAAAACGCAGUCUCCGAAUCCAACUCCGGCAAGGAAAAUAAUGGCGAUUGUUUGGAAAAAAAAAGGGCAUAUGUGAAGAAGAAGAAGAAGGAAUGCACACCACUUUUGGGAGGAUCGAGCUGCGAGGGAUGGAGUAAGGAGCAGGAUAUUGCCCUUCACAAUGCUUAUUACAAAAUCAAGCCUCUUCCCAACUUCUGGAAGCAGAUUGCCAAGUUGGUUCCAGGCAAGUCAUCCAAGGAAUGCUUUGACAGAUUUUAUUCAGCAUUUCCUACUCCACCUGUCUCUCAACCACGCUCAAGGAUUAAAGGGAGCACUUGUGAGUCUCCUAUCAGGCCCUUUGCUGAUGAUGUCAAUGCAUUGUUGAGGUCGGCAGGAUCAACUAGCAGAAGGUCAGGGAGCAGUAAACAAAAAAUUCUGCUUGCACAUAAGACUGUAAGGAAGAUGCUGAGAAGAAGUAAGAAUGCUGAUAAAGAGUAUGAAACAGAUCUAUUUUCUGCUGUUGAAACAUUUGAUCCAUCGUCGCAGUCUUUAUUGAUUCCAAUUAGUAAUCUACCUGUUACACCUGAUAAUGUUCAUAAACCCAGCAAGGAGUCAACAUUUUGGCAGACACAGUCAGCUAAGUGGCAGAAGUCACUCUCUAGAUUUUCAGAAGAUUCUCAUUGGCAAAUACAGAAAACACUUGUGAGUCCUGAAGUGCUGAAACAAGUAAAGAACCCUGCCCUUCAUGAUAAGUAUAUUGACUUGUUGCAUUCCAGAAAUGCUGUGAGACUGGCUUCGGCUGAAACUACCAAGGUACAGUCAAAAACAGGGGUCGUUAGAUUGCCUCAAACAGAGGCGGUUUCUGCAGCAAAAGCCGCAGUGGUUGCUCAAGCCCAAGAGGUGCUUCAACAAUCACGGACUAAUGGGGAAAAGGAUUGCCAAUUCAUUGGGUAUUGGACAAGUGAUUGCUCGGAUGAAGAUUGUGAAGGGGACGAGGGUGGAGAAGCAGCUGCAGUGGUCGCUCAGGCUCAACAGGUGCAUCAACAAUCACGGAGUAAUCGGGAAAAGGAUUGCCAAUUCAUUGGAUGUUGUAUCAGUGAUUGUUGUGAUGAAGAAUGUGAAGGGAAUGAAGAUGGAGGAGUAGCUGCAAUGGUUGCUCAGGCUCCACAGGUGCUUCAACAAUCGCGGAUUAAUGGGGAAAAUAAUUGUCAAUUCACUGGGUAUUGGACAAGUGAUGAUUUUUAUAAAGAACAUGAAGGGGAUGGGAGUGGAGGAAAAAUCUCAAUAUAUGUAGACCUCAAUUAAAGAUGUACCGUAUCUGUGAUUGAGCUGGCUCAAUUCUUAUUGACUAUCUCACUUUAUGUUCAUUGCCAUCAUGCCAAUAAUGGCUGCAGUGGGUUUGAAUAGAGAUAGCAAAUUUCUUUUUCAUCCCUUGAAUAAGGAUGCAAAAUAGGAUAAAAAUUUGAUUGACGUUAUUGGAGGCAUAUGCACCAUAUCUGAACAUGAAUAAAUCUCAUCAGUUAAGAUAAAUGAAGUUGAACUAACUAAAAAGAUUAUACAAUUGGGUAAACAGUGAAGUGACAAUUGGAGUUAUUUCGACUUUACGCCAUGGCAGAAAUUCUCUUCGUUGUCAGAUGGAAUCUUUUUAUUUAUGUUGGAAUGCACUGCGAAAUGAAAUUUAAAAAUCUCUCUCCAAUUCCAUGC